GUAAUAUUCAGUAACAUUAAACUUAUCACUAAAUUAUGUAAAUGAAUAUUAUAACUGCAAUUUAUAUUAUAUGAAGUUGUCUACCAUGACUAUCGUUGUGGAACUUGGCAUAGCUUAGUUUAUAAUGCACGUGUAAUGUUGAGUUAAAUGCUUCAUAUACAUUUAUGUUUGAAUUUAAAAACAAUACUUUGUUUUAUGUAGCAGAAAAUAAUUUUUAAUUGAUAAAAGUAGUCAAUAUGCUCACCACAAAGGUUUUUUUUAGAAAAACUAAAGGAGGAAAUGUGUUUAAGACUGUUAGAGAACAUUACCUUAGAGAUGAUAUUCACUGUGGCUCUAAGGCAUGCGACAAAUGCUUAUACAGACACCGUAAUGUUAUUUUGGAUGACGAAGAUUCAAGCGUAAAAAGUUCCAAACUAUCGUAUCCAUAUUAUCUUCUGCUUGAUACUAACAUUAUUUUGGAUCAGAUUGAUAUUUUAGAAGAAAAUAUUAUUUGCAACGUUAUAAUUUUGCAAACAGUGUUAGAAGAAGUAAAACAUAGAAGCUCUACUGUGUAUAAAAAAUUAAAAGACAUAAUAGCAGAUACACAUAGAAAAUUUUAUAUAUUUGUGAAUGAACAUCAUAAAGAAACUUACAUCGAACGUAACCCAGGUGAAAGUGCGAAUGAUAGAAAUGACAGAGCAAUUAGAGUUGCAACAAAGUGGUAUAAUACGCAUUUAAAUUUGAGUGGUUGUAAAACUAAAACUGUAUUACUAACUGACGAUGUCCACAAUAGAGAAUUGGCAGAAAAGGAAGGGAUACCUGUCCUUUCAAUGGAAGAUUAUAUUGUUUCACUGGAAAAUUCAGGAUUUCUGGCAGAUAAAUUAUGUAAGAAAAGUUAUAGUGCGAAUUCAGACGGUCAAGCAUUUUUUCCAUGUCAUCUUACACCAUCUGAAUUACAUGACGGGAUCAAAAAUGGAAAACUUUUGCAAGGAACAUUUGCCAUAUCGAGAGAAAACUUUCUUGAAGGAUUUGUGAAUGUAGAAGGAGUUGAGAAGCAAAUUUUUAUCCAAGGUCGCAGUAACCUUAAUAGAGCAGUGGAUGGAGAUACAGUUGCAAUAGAACUCUUAGCAGAAGAUCAGUGGUCAUCUCCCAGUGACAUUGUUUUGCAAGAUGAAGAAGUAGCAGAUGACGAUGUUAUAGAAACUGACAAGGUGUUGGACAAAAUUAUUUCUUCCAGCAAAAUGCAGAAGACACCCACUGGAAAGAUUGUUGGUAUUAUCAGAAGAAAUUGGAGACAAUAUUGUGGGAUACUGCAGCCUAGUAACAUAGAAGGGAACGUCAGACAUCUGUUUGUGCCAGCUGAACGAAAAAUACCUAAAAUAAGAAUUGAAACUAGACAAUAUACAGUGUUAAGCAAACAAAGAAUUAUUGUUGCUAUUGAUUCCUGGCCUCGCAAUUCUAGAUAUCCUCUUGGUCAUUUCGUACGUGCAUUGGGUGCAAUAGGAGAUAAGGCCACAGAAAACGAAGUAAUACUUUUAGAACACGAUGUACCACACAGCCGAUUUUCUGAUGCAGUUCUUAGUUCACUUCCAAAAAUGCCUUGGUCUAUCACAGAUGGUGACAUAGAACAAAGAGAGGAUCUUAGACAUUUAGAUAUAUGUUCAGUGGAUCCACCAGGGUGUACGGACAUUGAUGAUGCGCUUCAUUGUAGAAAAUUACCAAACGGUAACUUUGAAGUAGGUGUACAUAUCGCGGAUGUAACACAUUUUAUUAGACCGGGAACUGCAUUAGAUAAAGAAGCAGCUUUACGAGCUACAACUGUUUAUUUGGUUGAUACAAGAAUUCAAAUGAUUCCAGAACUACUCAGUACAAAUCUUUGUUCUUUAAGAGGAAAUGUAGAAAGGCUAGCCUUUUCUUGCAUAUGGGAACUUGAUAAAGACGCAAAUGUAAUUAACACGAGAUACUGUAAAUCUGUGAUUUGUUCGCGAGCAGCUAUGACUUAUGACGAGGCCCAGUUAAAAAUUGAUGAUGCUAGUCAACAAGAUUCAAUCGCAAUAUCGUUAAGGAACCUUAAUAGCUUAGCAAAAAAAUUAAAAAAGAGACGUUUAGAGAAUGGUGCACUAGUAUUAGCGUCUCCAGAAAUACGGUUCCAAGUGGAUUCCGAAACGCACGAUCCCAUUGAUGUGGAAGCCAAAAAAUUGAGAGAAACUAAUUCUAUGGUCGAAGAAUUUAUGUUGCUUGCGAACAUUUCAGUUGCUAACAAAAUUGUAGAAGAGUUCCCAGAAUGUGCAGUAUUAAGGAGGCAUCCAGAACCACCACCUGCCAACUUUGAACCACUUAUAAAAGCUGGAAAAAAUCAGGGCUUUAUUAUAAACACCAACACGGGCAAAGAAUUGGCAGAAUCUUUAGACAAAUGUCAUAAAGCAGACAACCCUUAUUUCAAUACCAUGUUAAGGAUACUCGCUACACGUUGCAUGAUGCAAGCUGUGUAUUUUAUCAGUGGCAUGCAUCAACCAAGUGAAUACUUUCAUUAUGGUUUAGCGUGUCCUAUUUAUACUCAUUUUACGUCGCCUAUUCGAAGAUACGCGGAUAUAAUGGUUCACCGAUUAUUAGCAGUUUGCAUUGGAGCUGAUGCAACUUACCCUAAUUUAUUGGAUAAAAAGAAAAAUCAUUCACUUUGUCAUCAUUUAAAUUACCGUAAUAAAAUGGCACAGUAUGCUGGCCGAGCAUCUGUUGCACUUAAUACACAUCUAUUCUUUAGAGAAAAAAUACAAGAUGAAGAAGGAUAUAUACUUUUUGUUCGAAAAAAUGCAUUGCAAAUAUUAAUACCAAAGUAUGGCUUGGAAGGGACUUUGUAUUUGAAUAAAAACAAAACAGAGUCAGUAGAGUUCAAGUAUAAUAACGAAGAUCAUUCGCAGACUUGUGGAAACGUUGUGUUUCGUACUUUCGAUCCUGUUAUAGUACAGAUAAGUUUGGACAGAUCCAAUGUACAGCAUGAAAAAUUAUUGUUUAAACUGGUCAAACCAUGUAUACCAGGUUUCAGUGUACCGUCAGUAAACACAGAAUGUUCAGCGAUUAUGGUAGUAGAAAAUCCGAAAGCAGAAGUACCGAAACGAAAAAUGGACGUGCAGAAAACGUCAGGUGACAACCCUAAAAGUGAUGGAAAUAAAAAGAAAAGGAAGAAGAGGAAGAAUUAGUAUUACUACGUACUAUUUUUAUGGGAAACAUUUUGUAAAUUAUAAAUUGAAAAUACAUUUGGACAACAUUAUUUUAUUUGUGUAUUACAAAAUUCACCAGAAAAAUAUUUUCAGAAACUAUGAUUUUUAUUGAAGUAAUUAAAUACAAAAAUGAAUAUUUAAGAAUACAUAAAAUAUGAUUUGUUUUAGUACAGAUAUUGGUUGUAACAAAAAUGUAAAUAUGUACAUAAAUCUGUGUCAUGUAUCAAUCAUAUUGAUAACAAAAUUUGUUAGUCAAUAUGAGUACAUAUAUGAUAUCACUGUUGUAAGUUUCACAAGCAAGAUAACAAUAAUUGUACCUCAAUAAUUUAAUAAAUGAAACGUAAGAAAAAUGAUUUAUUUUUUCAAUAAAAGACGACGUAGCAACAAGA